GGCCGAUCCUUGAAAAAAUAUGUCGGCGGGAAAGCUCAAAGCCCGCAUUGUCGCGUGUGCGCAGUCGCGCCGGCCAAUGCUUCCCGAGGUGCAUCGCGCUGAGCUCCAUCGCCCAGGGGGGCGGUUGCCGCUCGCCGUUGUCCAAUCGGAUGCGAGCGACUGAUGUCAAGGCGGAGGCGGAGGUGAGAGGUUGUGUUUGCUGCGGGCACUGCGCCUGCGUGGGCGCUCGCUGUAAGAUGGCGGCGGUUGGUGAUGGAACAGGGUCAACUGGGUCGGCGCUGCAGGGGUUAAUUCGGCAGUUCACAGCCAUUACAGGUGCCAGUGAAAGUGUGGGAAAACACAUAUUAGAAGCAUGCGGCAACAAUCUGGAGAUGGCUGUCACAAUGUACUUGGAUGGCGGUGGGAUAGCUGAAGAACCCAGUACCAGUACAGCGGGAACGUCAAGUCGACCGCCUCCACAGGAUGAAGUACGAGCUCCUAUUCCACAAAAGCAAGAAAUCUUAGUAGAACCUGAACCCUUGUUUGGUGUCAGACAGGAGCAGGAGCUGCGGAAUGGUGGUCCAGUGGACAAGAAGUUGACCACUCUGGCAGAUCUCUUCAGACCACCCAUAGACCUAAUGCACAAAGGCAGCUUUGAAACGGCAAAAGAGUCAGGGCAGCUGCAGAACAAGUGGUUGAUGGUAAAUAUUCAGAACGUGCAAGACUUUGCCUGUCAGUGCUUGAAUCGAGAUGUUUGGAGCAAUGAGGCGGUGAAAACCAUCAUUCGAGAACACUUCAUCUUCUGGCAGGUACAGGGAAGUGGGGGUGUGAAGGUUUACCAUGACAGUGAAGAAGGACAGCGAUAUGUCCAAUUUUACCAACUCUCAGACUUCCCUUACGUGUCUAUACUAGACCCCCGCACUGGCCAAAAAUUAGUUGAAUGGCGUAACUUGGACGUGAAUUCGUUCCUGGAGCAGGUGACGGGAUUUUUAACAGAGCACGGGCUGUUAGAUGGACUCUCCUGUAGCCCACCAAAGAAACGUCUACGCUCAGAGAGCUUAAUUGAUGCAAGCGAAGAUAGCCAGCUAGAAGCAGCAAUUAAGGCUUCUUUACAAGAAACACACUACGAGUCGUCAAGCCCUGAGAAUGAGGAUCAGUCGGAUGAGGAAUCGGAGGCCGAAGCUUUUUCAGACAGUGAAGGAUUCAUCUCCAUCAAUGGAUCCGACGAUGAAAGAGAAGAGGAAAGUACCACAAAAAAAAAGCAAAUGCCCCGCAAGGAGCUGAGCAGUAAACAAACACGUGUAGAAUUAACUGAAAGAACUGAGACAGGAAAAGGAACUAGUUUGGAGUUUUCCUGCAAGGACAGGUCUGAGAAAAUUCGGUCUGGGGCAGAUGCAGAAACAUCAACAAAGCAGCAAGAGAUAGAAGAUGCAACAGUCUAUUUUGAUAACAGUGGACCAAAAGCAAGUCUGAUGCUGCGAUAUCCGAAUGGGCAAAGGGAACAGAUUGCACUUCCAGCUCAAGCAAAACUACUGGCACUGGUGAAGCACAUCCAGUCGAAGGGAUACCCAAAUGAGCGGUUUGAGCUGGUCACCAACUUUCCACGCAGGAAGCUUUCCCACCUGGACUAUGAAAUUACACUGCAGGACGCUGGACUGUGCCCUCAGGAAACUGUCUUUGUUCAGGAGAGGAAUUAACUUGGGAGUGCAUAAUAUUUUAUACAAAUGUUGCAAGAUCUGGUUUGUUGGUGAUAACCUGGCUUCAACCUGAACAAAGAGAACCAUGUAUUUUCAUCUUUUUACUGGACCUACUGAGACCAACAACAUGAAGAAAUUUUGAGAUCCACACUCAAUUCUUAAUACUUUUUGAUUCCCAAAAGAAGAACCCUUUUUACUGGACCAGAGAACACUUGAUUAUUUUUGUGUUUUUCAUUAAGUAUCCAUCAUUCUUUGCUUGACACGUUACAUUUGGCUGUGCCAGGCAUCAGCAUUGUUUGUAUUUUCCCCCUACAACUGAUGGCUUUGGCAAUUUUUCAAAUUGCCAUAACCAAAAUCUACAAGGGCCUCGCUUUUUGACUACUAGGAGGAAGCUUUUCCCUCAUCAAGUCCAGUUGACUACACAAAAUGCUGGAGAAAUAGAAAAUGGUCUGGGAAGUGAUCGAUUGUCAUCUGAAAAAACUUGACUUUGUCUCUUGGUAGUGUUACUCAUUUAGGCUGUAAGUACGUGGUAGGAAUUUGGUAUUGAUCACUAUGAUGCAUUCUCAGUUGCCCUAAUGUCUUCAAACAGCCCAGCUCAAGCCUAUGUUAAAAUGCAUGACCUUGCAUUAUGGGCAGAGAGGUUUGCAGCAGAGUGUGGUAAUAAUCUGAUGGGUCUAAUGUGCCAGGUCUAGAGCUACCAACUUUACUUCAGUCUGCACUUUUCGAGCGCACGUUGCCAUGAAAGAAGGUCAACAUAGUUCCUGAACAAGCUCUACAGGGAUCCAAGACAAUCUAGCCCAUCUGGCUAAAGCAGUGAGUCAUGUGAAUACAUGGUCGUUCCCUGACCUUACGCUAUAAGAGUGUGAUUUCUAAGGUUAAUUCUGAGGGAUUCUACACAGUUUAUUAUUCCAUGUAGAGUUGAGAAUUGAGUGAUUGUGCUCAUCGUCAAACUUCAGGGAUUGGACCGAGUCCCUGACAAGAAUUUAUUUGCAAUCCUGCUUCUGUGAUGUUAAAAACUUGUGGGAUUAUACAAAGCAGCCCACAAUGAGUUUCUGGCAUGAAGAUCCGAUGAGAAGUUUGACUGGCAGAUCCAGGAUCCUUCAUGGUGAACGUUGGAGAUGAGAGGCCUGCACAUUAUGAAAGGUUCGAAAUGCCGUCGAGCCCCAGGGGUUUGUGUUAAGGGGUUGGUAAUGACGCAUGGCUGAUGCACAGUUCUUGGAGUUCAAAGAACUAUGUAUAUCUCUACCACAGGGUAUUACCACGAUAAGAGUGAACUACAAUAGUGUGUCCUGCUUGGAAUCAUCAGUAUUUUGUCGCCGUAUUCAGACUGGUGCUCGAUAUUCAGAGGAGGGGGGAAUUUGGCACAGUAAAUUGAUAAUACAGCAUUUGGAAAACUGAUACCAACAGUUAGUACACUGUACGGUUCUGUGGGUGCUGGUAUGUACACAGUAAGAGCAUGAAUCACAAUGAAAACUGUG